AUGGCGGCUCCCCAGCAUGGGGAGGCGCCGUUUCUUGUUCGUCCUUCGAAGACGUUUGCCUCCAUUCUGGCUCAAUCUCCGUCUUCUUCGUCCUCUGGCAUUGGCCAUCUCAGUACUUACAAGGGGGAGCCUUCGUUGGUGAUCUCCCGUCAAGACAUGUUACAGAUAGCGGCACCUUAUUCUAAUGCACUGGUUGGCAGGUUUGCAAUUGGUCGCCCUUCCAUGGAGAUUAUUCGCAAAUUUAUUGUUUCUUUGGGGCUGAAGGGUGAGUGUCCGAUAGGGUUAUUAGAUUCCAAGCAUAUUCUCUUACGGCCUUCCGUGGAGGAGGAUUACACCAGACUCUGGUGUCGAAAGUCUUGGUACAUCGGCAAAUUCCAUAUGUCCCUGUCGAAAUGGACAAUCGAUUUUAAGCCGGGAGCAGAGUCGUCCAUCGCACCAGUUUGGGUCAAUUUCCCAGGUCUUCCAUUGCCGUUUUUCGAAAAGCAGUUUCUGCUUAAGCUGGGUAACUUACUGGGCCGACCAUUAAAGGUGGAUGAAGCUACGGCUGCGCUGAAGCGUCCGUCUGUAGCGCGAUUAUUGUUGGAAGUUGAUGUAUUGAAUUCUCCAAGAUCCAGGAUUUGGAUAGGGGAUGAUCAGUGGGGUUUUUGGCAGAAGAUUGAGUAUGAAGAAUAUCCUUCGUACUGCGUUUUUUGCUCGUCCAUUGGUCAUGUCGAAAGUACCUGUCAUCAGAAGCAUCCGGAAUUGCGGCCUGUGCGACGCGCUAGACCAUCAGUUCCGUCUCAAGGCAAGCACGUCUUUCAACCGAAGGGAGGUCCGACUGUCGAUGAAUCUCCUCCUGUGGUGGAUUCGGGGGUCGUGACAGCCCCAAGGGUACACGUGCGCGAAAGCAGUAAUCCCACUGCAGAUGUCUCUAUUACUGUUAUCCCAUCAUCUUCGUCUAACCCUGUUAAGGGUAACCCUACACAGACUACUGUUCAUGCUCAGGAUCCCGUUCUCCCUGCUUCAUAUCGGGGGGGUGCUGCGAAUACACAGAAUGAUCUCUCAGUACUGACUUGUUUUCCCCCGGUUUCUUCUUCUCCGGUUAAAGCUUUAUCGGACACAAUUCCUUCUUUCGGCCGAGAUGAGUUUCUGUUGACUAAAUCUGUGCCUUCAAUGCUGCAGCGCGAGCGGGCUUGUUCCCUUUCUCCUCGACGGCAUGAAGGUCAUGCUCGUCUAGUGCGCUAUAACUCUGAGAGACAGUUAGGGUUGAAAGGUAUCGCUUUGGAUGAGUUAAAAAAUUUUAGGGAUCGGCUGGCCAGCAGAAUUACAGCAUCUAAGUUAAGCGAUGACCCGGUUGUCCCUGGAGCUCUUCUGGAUGAUACAAACGCACAAUUGCUGCAAAAUUUGGUUCAAGGUCACAAGACUCGUGGUAGGCAGACCAGAAAAAGAGACGAUCCGAUUAAGUUUAUAGUGUGGAACAUUCGGGGUGCUGCGAAUAAGGAGUCGUUGAGGCACAUUCGUAGCGCUUGUAGAUCAAACGAUAUUCGUUUACUGAUCCUAUUGGAGCCAUUAGCUAAUGUCUCCCAUUUGGAUAGUGUGCAGCUGUUCUUGGGGUUUGAUUUUGCUCAGUCCUUCUUGCACAACAAAAUUUGGAUUUUCUGGUGUUCAGAUGCACGAUAUUCUUUUGUAGAAGCUGCGGAUCAGGUGGUCCAUAUACAUGUGUCUUUCCCCUCUGGUUCUUCCAUUUUUAUUUCGGCUGUUUACGCGAGGUGUAACAGAAUUGGUAGGCGACAGUUAUGGGAGGCUCUGGAGCAUUUUUCAACGUCUGUUACACUCCCAUGGAUGGCCGUAGGGGAUUACAAUGUUAUUUCUUCUGUGGAGGAAAGGAUUGGAGGUUCAGCCCCGAAUAUUCGUGACCUGGAAGAAUUUAACUCUGCAUUAAAUCGAAGUGGACUAUUUCCGGUACAGUUUGAUGGGUUUGCCUACACAUGGACUAAUGGGCGUAUGUGGCAGCGGCUUGAUCGAGCGGUCGUUAAUGCUGGUUGGCUGUCUUCUAUUGAGCUGACUCGAGUUGCUCAUCUUCAGCGAGGGCGAUCUGAUCAUUGUCCGUUGCUGGUUAAGGGGGGCAGCAUGGCAAGGCGGCGGUCGUCCUUUCGCUUUCUUAAUGUUUGGCGGAGUCACCCUACUUUUCAACAAACAGUUACGUCUGCUUGGGCUCAGCCUGUUCCUGGAAUUGGAAUGCAGAAAUUUUUUAAUAAGUUGAAGGUGGUUAAGCGAGUUUUAGCUGGAUGGAAUGUGGAUGUUUUUGGGAAUGUCUCUCAACGGGUCAAAGUGGCAGCGGAUAAUUUAUUGGCCAAGGAAUUGUUGUAUGAUCAAAAUAGGGAUGUGUUGUCUAGGUCGGCAGUACAUGAGGCACGGGCACUCCAUUCUCGGGAGCUAGCCUUAGAAUGUGAAUUCUGGAGACAGAAGGCAGCGAUCAAAUGGAUCAAAGAGGGCGACGCGAAUACCUCUUUUUUCCAUGCAACGGUUAAGCAGAAACGCAGCUCUAAUUUUAUUGCACGGAUUAGGGGCUCCGGGGACAGUUGGCUUGAUAAUAUCGAGGAUAUUAAACUGUCAGCGUCUGAUUUUUUCUCCUCUUUGUUCACAGCAGACCGCGAUGUUAGUUCAGGGAGCAGGCCUUCACUUGAGCUGCCUAAGCUUACGCCAGAAGAGAAUGACAUGCUGCUGAAAUCUCCAUCGGUGGAUGAGGUUUAUACUGUGGUGUGCUCAAUGGACCCUCAGAGCGCUGCGGGGCCUGAUGGGUUUGGCGGGGGUUUUUAUCAAAGUUGUUGGGAGUGUAUAAGAGAUGACUUCAUGGACGGGGUGCAGGAUUUUUUUGCUGGUGCCACAAUGCCACGCGGAUUUUCCAGUACGACGAUCAUUUUACUCCCCAAGAGGGAAGGCACAUGUGAGUGGAAAGAUUUCCGACCAAUAAGUUUAGCUAAUGUUAGUGCCAAGAUCAUUUCUAAGGUUUUGUCCACCCGUAUCAAUCAGCUCCUUCCUAGGUUGGUUUUAGAGUUUCAGACUGGUUUUAUUCCAGGCAGGGGCAUACAAGAUAAUGUUUUGCUAGCUCAGGAAUUGAUUCUGGAUUUGGACAAAAAGCUGUGUCACCCUAAUGUAAUCUUGAAGUUGGAUAUGGAGAAGGCGUAUGACAGGGUGGACUGGGGGUUUUUGUUAUAUAUGCUGCGAGAAUUCGGUUUUAAAGAAGGAGUAGUGGAUCUAGUUUUUCGGUUAGUAUCCAACGUCUGGUUUUCUGUCCUGGUUAAUGGGGAGCUCACCGGCUUUUUCAAGUCGACUAGAGGGGUUCGCCAGGGGGAUCCGUUAUCGUCCACUCUUUUCCUUUUUGUCUCGGAAUUUCUGGGAAGGGGUCUUCAGCGGCUGUUUUCUAGCAAUCCAGCGUUUAGAUUUUUGUCUAAGGGAGGGAUGGUCCCGUUUCUUGCGUUUGCCGAUGACGUGAUUAUUUUCACCUGGGCAUCGUCUGAAUGCUUACAGGCGGUAUCGUCCUUUUUACACGACUAUCAAGCUCUCUCUGGCCAAAAAAUUAAUCUCUCUAAGAGUCGCUUUCUGUGUUCGUCGAAGCUCUCUUCGGAGGUUAUCCAAUUAAUUCAGCAGGAAACGGGGUUUCAAGGGCAGCCUUGGCCUGUCAAAUAUUUGGGAGUCCCGCUUUCUCUUGGCCGUAACAAAACUGUCUUAUUUGAUGGAGUAAUUGCCUCUGUGAGAGCAAAGCUUCAUCAUUGGAGUUCCCGGUUUCUGUCUGCUGGGGGGAAGCUCAUAUUGAUUCGUCAUGUGUUGAGUUCUAUGCCUCUUUACCUCCUGCAGGUUACUAAACCGCCUAAGGGGGUCUUUAUUAGAUUGGGCAAGCUGUUUAAUGCCUUUCUGUGGGAUGGCAAGGAUGGUAGGAGGAUUCAUUGGUCCUCUUGGGAAAAAGUCUGUUUUUCAGUUGAAGAAGGGGGAUUGGGGUUUCGGUCUCUUUUGGAUUUGGAGAGGGCUUUUGCAAUGAAAUUAUGGUGGACAAUACGUCAGAAGAGCUCUCCUUGGGCCAGAUUCAUGCACCGUAAGUACAUUGGCGAGCAACAUCCAGGUUUGGCUUCCGCUGCUGUGGGGUCGGCAACUUGGAAGAGGGUCUGUUUGGUGCGGGCUAUCACUGAAGAUAACAUUCGUUGGCGGCUAGGUGAAGGCUUCAUCGAUUUCUGGUAUGAUCGAUGGCUUUUCAAUGAACCACUUAGCAGCCAGGUUACUGGUGCGCAUCCUCACUUUUUGGUAGCUGAGUUUUACACCUCUACGGGGUGGAAUACUGAUCGUCUCCUCCAGGUUCUCCCACGAUCUAUUGUUAAUAUUAUUUCCCAAACACUUGUUGAUCCGAAGCUUAAGGACGAGUUAAUUUGGGCUCCUUCCGCUGAUGGCGCAUUUUCUGUGUCGUCAGCCUGGGAACUGGUUCGGCAGCGGCGUAACACGUCUUUGGUUUGCCGUGGAAUUUGGUGUCCGUUACUCCCGCUAAAAAUGUCGUACUUAGCUUGGAGGGUUUUGUCUGAUUUUCUCCCUCUGGACGACAAGCUCCGGUCUAGAGGAAUGGCCAUGGUUUCUAAAUGUGAUUGCUGUGGUAAUGCGGUGGAAUCCUUGAAUCAUAUUUUCUUACAUGGCAGGUUAGCAAGUGCUGUUUGGCAGCAUUUCUUUCUGGCUUGCGGAAUUCAGUGGCGUUCAUUCUCAUGUGUUUCUUCACUGCUAGUGGUGUGGUUUCAAUCUUCUAGCAAUGGCCGAUUGGAUCAUGUUCGGUGUGUAAUACCGGUAGUGGUGUUAUGGUUUCUAUGGCGUAGUAGAAAUGAUGCUCGGUUUGGAAAUCUUCACCCUGUCCAUUCCAAAGUUAUCUUCGAAGCCAAUGGGUGGUUGGUUGCUAAGGGGGCGGCUUGUAUGUUAAACAAAGUGCAGUUGGAGGGGGAUAUGGAUACGUAUUUUGCACGGUUUUUUCGGGUCAAGCCAGCCAAAUCAUUCUGUCUGAAGGCUAUAUCAUGGAUGAAGCCGCCUAGAGGGACGUACAAACUCAACACAGAUGCAAGUGUGAUCAAUGGUUUAGCUAAAGGUGGUGGGGUGGUACGUGAUUUUGAAGGGAAGAUGAUUGGUGCUUUUUAUAAGGAAUUUGGGGAAUAUGAAGUGGUAUAUGCGGAGGGAUUAGCAUUGUGUUCUGGGCUGCAGUGGUGUAUGGGGGCAGGGUUGUCAGAUAUUUUGGUAGAGGUGGAUUCUUUAGUGUUGGUAAGGUUGGUCCAGAAUCGAUCGGUUGGUAAGUGGCCGUUGUGUAGCGUCUUAAGUCAGCUUCGCUUGUUACUGGGCAAGGUGAAGGGGUCUAUUACACAUAUUCAUCGUGAGGCGAAUGCCGUGGCAGACAGCUUAGCAGCGUUAUCUCGGGAGGGUCCAUAUGUUACUUUUCAAUCUGUUCAGCAGCUUCCAAGUAGAGUUCGGUCGCUGAUUAAUUUGGAUGCGAUAGGUUUUCCAUACAUUCGCAGGUUUCCUGUGUAG